AACUCUACAAAGAAGAGACCAUUGAAAUGCUGAUAAUUUUAAGUCUUCCUAAAAGUUUUGAGGAGGCAAAGAUUACAAAUUAUGUCGUACAAAAAUAAAUCUAUAAAUCUGUUUCAGAUUGCUAACUUGAGUUUCAGUUAAAUCAAUUUCUAGUAACUAUUUUUUUUCUAAUAACAAGGUCCUCUGUUUACAAUAAAGAUUCUAUAAAUGGUUUGCAGUUAAUUUUUUUUAUUAAAGAAGAAGGUUUACAGAAAAUCAUGCAUAAAACGCAGUUCAUUUUUUAAUGGUUAUAUAGUAACUUAUUUCUACUUAAUCAGGCAAACAUGAUGAAUUUAGAUGUGGCUUGAGAAUGGGGCAUGGUUAAUGCUUAUAUAAUCUCUCUGGAAUCCUAGAACUCAAAGUUAAACAGUUGAAUCUCAGGUUGGAUAGUCCAACUGUCUGCAUAGAUGCACGCAGUGGGCAUAUGCAUCCUGUCACCGUGGCAAGGAGGCCAGAGCCUGGAGAUGAAAGGGUGAAGCUUUACAGCAGGACAGGCUUGAUAGAGGAUGGGUGGAGCCUGAAAGGCUUCUGUCUAAAAUCCCCUGCCUGGCUUGAGUCAGAUACAGACCACUUGCAACUACCUAAGGAUCUUAAGGCAUUAUGAAAAACCUCUAUUUCAGAGUCAUUUCCAUAGUUAUAGGUCUAUGUUUUACUGGAACAAUGUCAAACACACUAAGAAAAAGCAAUAUUUUAUCCAAUUCUGAGUGCCAAUGGAAUGGAUAUCUUCUGAUGAAUUGUUCUUUUAUUGGAAAGCACAACGUAUCUGUGGACGUGUCACAGAAAGGAGCCUCAGUGGAUAUAAGUUUCAAUUUCAUUAGACUUCCCUUACGGUCUAACAUGAAACAAAAAGAAUGGAAAAUAAAACAUCUGGAUCUCAGUAACAGUGUCCUAUCAAAAAUAACCUUAAGCACUCUUGCAUAUUUACAUGUUUUGGAAAUAUUAAACCUCAGCAAUAAUGCCAUAUACUCCAUCUCAUUGGAGCUUCCACGUCAUAAAUCCUUGUGGAUGAAGCACCAUAGAAGCAGCUUCAGAAAUAGGCUUCCAUUUCUAAAGGUGUUAAUUCUUCAAAGAAAUAAACUCAGUGACACUCCCAAAGGACUAUGGACACUGAAGUCAUUACAGAGUUUGGAUCUGUCAUUCAAUGAGAUAUCGCAAGUUGGUUUGACUGAUUUUCAUAACUGCAUACAACUGGAGAAUCUUUAUUUAAAGAGCAACAAGAUAUUCAGAAUUCACCCAGAAGCCUUCAAAGACCUCAAAAAAUUACAGCAGGUUGUAGACCUCAGCAGCAACUCUCUGACCACCAUCCUCCCAAUGAUGGCCAUUGCCCUCACACUUCCCCAGCUGGAGGCUGACUUGGCUGAUAACCACUGGUGGUGUGACCACAGCGUGACAGUCUUCCAAGGUUUCAUUUCCGAAUCCUGGAGGAAAAAGUGGAAUGCAAUUUGCAAUAAGUCUAUAGAAAAUGAGGAAGCAUACUGGUGGAUUCCCAAAGGCAGAAUUUCCAAGGAGACCCACCUUCCACACGUUAAUCUGAGUCACAUGAAAAACCUCAUAACAAGCAAAGCAGAGAGGGGGAAGAAGGCACCUGUCAGCUCUGAGAGCAGUGAGAAGCCACGCCAGCUGCCAAGAUGGGUUAGAAGUGCCCGGGAUGUUCAAACUGCCAACAGUGAGGGAGACACUUCCCAGGACCUUGCCUUGGCCAUCUGCCUGUCGGUGUUCAUCACAUUCAUUGUGGCUUUCUUCCUGGGAGCUUUCACAAGGCCUUAUGCUGACAGACUGUGGCAACAAAGAUGUCAGAACAAAAGCCCUGCCUCAGAACAUGUGUAUUCAAAUGAGGGCUUCUACGAUGAAAUCGAAGCUGCAGGGAACAUACAGCACCCAAUGACACAGCUGUGCCAAGCUUUUCGUGAUCCAAACCUCUAUCAGAACCAAGACGCGUUUUCAGUGAUAGAGCCAAGCCCACAUGCUGCUGUCACUCAUGAUAGAACUCUUGGAACAAGCAGAAAGGAGCCUGGUAGCCGACAGAGCACAGAACAACACGAGGACAACAUUGGGGCAGGAAAUAGAAGUGAUCCCGCACUUCCAAAUGACAGUGCAGCCUGUUCCGUUCUCCGCCAACACCCAAAUGCUGAGAAGAAUGAGCUAAUUUCAGCAGCACAGGACCACAUCUAUAGGAAUGAUGUCUUCAGAGAAUUAAAUUAUAAAGCUGUGGCCCAGGAAGAUUCUCUCGGGGAGCCUCCAAUGAGCAUCUCUUCAGUAGCUGGCAGAUUACAAUCUGGCUCUGGUUCACUCUGCAAUGAUUCUAAUGUAUUAGACCCAUCACUCUCAAGAGAAAUGACAGCUUCUCUCUCUAAAAUGCUAACACAUACGAAAUCACAGAGCACUGGAGAGAAUGAGGAAAGAUGGGGCAUUGAAGAGUUACCUGCAGAACCAGCAGGCUCUUGGGUAGAAUUUUCUAAGGAAAGGCAAGUGAGCACGUACAUUAAUUCCCUGAGCACACGGCAGCAAAGUUUCAAGGGGGCCACUGCUGAGGAAGACCUUCCAGCCUACUACAGUGUGGUCACACACAGUGACCCGGGAGAUACGGAUCCAUCGGUCUUUCCUCCAAGAUGGGGCAGUGACUGCGAUGUCACUCAUACUAACAAGGCACCAAUGCAGAACCACGCUCCCUCUGACACCCAGUCUGAGUUGGAGACCAACUACAAUUCUGAUGAAGGGUCUUUAUUUACUCUAAGUUCAGUAAGUUCAGAGGGUGCAAGGAAUUUGACUGAAGAAGAGACACAUGGUGAGGAGAGCUGUAAGGUCAGGGAGCCACUGGGGGAUGAGAACUCAGGGGUAAGGGUGGACAGUGUUAUGUCAUUAGAGAAUCUUGAGGACAAUGUCCCCUUUCAGAGGAUUCCAUGGAAAUGUGAGAGCCAGGAAGAUCACUUUGAAAAACCUCUCAUUUCUGGUCCAGACCCUGAGUUGUGUGAGACUCAUCAGAAAAGGGCCUCUAACAACAGUAAUUUUGAGGACCCAACAGCCUUGCCCAGAUCACUGGGCAGCAGUCCUCUAAGUGAUGAAAUUCCAGGUGUGUUCACUUAUGACUGUGUCAUAGCUCCUGAGUCAGAGUUAGCAGAAUGGCAUUGUUCACUGAGAGACUUAGACUUUUCAAAUGUGGGCAAUUUACCACCAACACCACCAUGUUCCCCUGAAGUUCCCUCAGAUCUUGAUAAGAGCGCCUGCCACAAAAGUGACUCAGACAUUUGUACCUAUAAACCUUUUUGUCAGGGAACAGAUGCAAAUCAAAAAGACAGUCCUCAUCGGAUCACCUCAGGGGAACACAUAGGACCCUCACAGAAUUCCGAAGGGGACAACAUGCAGUCAAACACAAUAGACACUCAUGCCCAUGAGGAGUCUGUACGUCCACCUGAAGACAAUAAGCCCAGGAAGGUUAAGCUGAGCACAAUUGUUCCAAUCCAAGGAGAUGAACCUGCUCUUCAGUGUGAAAGAGGAGAGGGGAAAUAUUUUGAAGACAGUUCCAAGAGCCAGGUACCAUUAUUACAAGAGCUUUCAAAUAAAACCAGUUCACUAAGAACACAAGAGCACUUCAAUGAUAUAGACUGAGGUAAAUAUUCAGAGGACAACCUGUUGUGGUUAGAAAAGGAUGAUUCUAACUUUUAUGCUCAAAUGCAGAACCAGAGCCAUCUCAUGGAAGUUGACUCUCUAUGCGAGGAUCAGUUCUACUACCACAAAGACAAGGAUGUGCAACUUGAUAAUCAAGGGAAUUCAAGCAACAUUUUUAGUAUAUAUUGAAACAUUUAGAUGGAAAUGUCAAACAGAUUUUAAUGAAUUCUGCACAAAGACAAGCACAAUUUUUUGGAGGUUGUUCACAAAACUGAAAAAUUAAGAGUUCAGAGAAAUUCUAAAUACUUUUAUUAAGUUAUGUUAAAAGAGGGAUCCUAAAAGUUGGUGGAUCUGGGUAUCUGA